AGCCAUGCUGGCAGCGUUCACUCUGACCUCUCUGGUCCUCUUGGCGCCGGCGCUCCAUGUCUGUCCUCCAGCUUGCAAAUGCCUCCACAACCUGACCACCAUCGAGUGUCAGCAGAAGGAACUGGAGGAGAUUCCACAGCUGCCAGAGGGAGUGCAGGAGCUGUACAUCUCAUACAACAAGAUCCAGAAGGUGACGGGACGCAGCCUGGAGCGGCUGCAGGUCCUGGACUUGACAAAGAACCAGUUGAACGUCUCGCUGUCUGUCAGUCCAGUUUGGCCGAGUAUGGCUAGACUUUUCAAGCUUAUCCUGCGAAAGAACGGUCUGCGGAAACUGGAGCCCGGUCAGUUUGCCAGCUGCCCGUCCCUCACACUGCUGGACCUGAGUGAGAACCACAUCGAGUACCUCCCCAUGGGACUGCUCCGUGGAUUAGCCAGUCUCACCACACUGAUCCUGAACUUCAAUCAGAUUCAAGUGGUGGAUGCGGGAGGACUAGACGGUGCAGAUGCCCUGAGUAACCUCUUCCUCAGCCACAAUAACAUAACAGCAAUAGCAGAAGGUGUGUUCAGGAACUCUCCCAGGUUAGAGAAAGUUGUUCUGUCCAGAAACAGAGUUGUAGAUGUUGCUGCCGGCAGUUUCACAGGAGCAGCAGCUCUGCAGCACCUGGACCUGAGCGGGAACCUGCAGGUCACUGUCCAAGGUGAAACGCUGAAGGAUGUGCGCUCACUCCGUACGCUGAACCUCCGGAUGAACAGCCUGACCAGCCUUCCAGAGGAUUGUUUCUCAUCACUCAACCUUUUGGUUCAUUUAGAUUUGAGCAACAACAAACUGAACACUAUAUCUGAGGGAUCACUGAGAGGACUGACCUCACUCAGGGAGCUGGAUCUCAGGCUCAACUUGAUUCAUUCACUUCCCUCGAAGAUCUUCAGUGAUCUCAUCAACCUGGAGUCACUUGAUUUGUUUGACAAUAAACUUACGUCUCUUCCUCUGGACAUAUUCAGCAAUUUGACCAAAUUACAAGAGCUGCAGGUGGACAGCAAUCAGAUUUCGGUCGUACCAGUUGGGGUAUUCAAUUCACUUUCUAAUCUCACUGAACUACAACUCUCCAACAACCAUAUCCUGGAACUCCGCCCUCCCCUGUUCGCCAAGCUCAGGUUGCUACGGAAACUGUACCUGGAAGGCAACGCCCUGACACACCUUCCCAAAGGCCUUUUCCACAAGAUGAGUCACCUCAGGGAGAUCCUGUUGGACAAUAAUCACAUCAGGUCAAUGCACCACUUGGCCUUCCAUGGUUUGAGGAGACUCCACUCACUGAGGCUUUCUCAUAACAACCUCUCCUCUCUGUCCUCAGACCAGUUCAGAAGCCUCACCAAUCUAAGGAAACUAAAACUGGAGGGGAACCAUAUAAGAAAACUUCCUACAGGCCUGUUUGUCAACCUGUUCAAUCUCUCAAUUCUGGACCUGGACAGCAAUCAUCUUUUAGAACUGUCUCCUGAUGACUUUGUAGGACUGACUCUCCUUCAAGAACUCCACCUGAGCUUCAACCUGCUUCGUACCAUCCACCCCAACACCUUCCACCCACUGGUCCACCUCCGCAGACUUCUGUUGAAGAGCAACAACCUGCUGGGUUUGCAUCCUCAGCUCUUUGCCCAGUUGUCCAUGUUAACAGAACUCGAUCUGGAUGACAACAAGUUGUACCGCCUGCACCCUGAUGUCUUUCAAGGCCUUACAAACCUCCAGAAGUUGAGCAUCAAGUCAAACAGGCUCAGAGUUCUGGAGGAUGGCACCUUGCAGCCUUUGCAGAACGUAAGCUCUGUUUAUCUGUCGGGUAAUUUGUGGGACUGCAGCUGCGCAGAGAUUCUCUCCAUCAGCAGGUGGAUCAGGGCUCACCAAAACCAGCUGGGAGAUCAGCCGACCUGCUUCGUCUGUUCGGACUCGGACUCCGCGCCGUGUCCCCUGCUCCUGCUUCCGGACAGCACGCCAAGGUUACAGUGUUCUCACAGCCACUGCCACCUGCCCUCUUACUGCAGCGUCCUCGUCUUACAGGCGCUGCUUGUGGUGCAUCGCCGUCACUUCCUGUAGAAAAGCUCCGUCUGCUUAACGGAAGUCGUAGCGUUUUUUCUAGGCACAAAAGGUGUCUGUGCAGCCUUUGUCAGUACACAAAGCUGUGAUCAAGCUGUGAUCAGUGGCGUGAGCCCGUUCUAAUGGUGUUGGCUAAACACAUUCGUGCUUGGAAACCUUUUUCACAAUAUUGCCAAAUACGUCAAAUUAGCCCGAAUGAACUUGUCUUUGGAUUUUUGUCGUUGAAAAUCCAGAUUGGUGUCAAAAUAUUCUCUGGUUCAUGAAUCUCAGUAACUGGACCAGAAACCUUAAAAUCUGUUGCUCUGUUUGCAAUUUUCAUGGCUUUGAAUUGACCGUGUAUCAUUAUUCAUGAUGCGUUUUCUCAUCAAUGGGAUCACCGAACGGCAAGAAAUUGGGCAGGUAUGUGCAUGGCCUCUGUUAGAGUUGGAAUGCCAAGUUUGGUGGAACUGCGCCACUAGAUGGCGCUGUAAAGCAAGUUUUCUUUGAAUUUCAAAGGCACAAAUUGCACAGAAUUUCAUGUAGAUUUCUCUUGAAAGUCCUACAAGGUGCUGCUUUACUGUCACACCAAAGAUGAUGAUAAACCACCUCUUAAAAAAAUAUUUAAUAUUUUUAAAUUAAUUUUAGAACAACCAAAACAACUCAAACUGGGCUCUCAUUAAUGGAUGGACCAAAUGCUGCCAAAUGUACCAGCUUCAACCAGAAUACUGUUUGUGGUGUGUACAGCACAGAACAAACUGUCUGUAAAUAAUAAAAAUGGCCAGUAAAAAAAAAAAAAAAAAAAUGCUAGGUAGCGCUAUAUAUAAUAAAAAGGUUUUUUUUUAAAAAAACUAAUAAAUUCUGAUGUGUGAGCUGCACAUCAUAAAGCUUUAGAAUGUUGUGAUUGCUGGAUUAAGCUCUUUCCAAUGGGUAUAGGCCACGCCCCUUUGUGCCAAGACAGGUUUUCAGUUUACGAAAUAUGCAAAAUAAGCCAGGUAUGAACUCGUCUCUGGAUGUUUGAUGCAAAAACCCCAAACUGGUGUCAAAACCUUCGCUGGAGCGUGACUCUGAAAAUCUGGACCAGAACCCUUGAAUUUUUUUUUAAAUUUGUUUGCAAGUUUCUCGACUUUGAGUUUGACCACAUGUGAUGGUAUUUAAUUAAUGAUGGGUUUUUUCAUUAAUGGGAUGCCCAAAUGACAUGAAAUUUGUCAGGUUGGUAGAACACAGAACAACUCACCACAUACAGAAAAUGCCCAGUAAAAACCACUAGUUGGUACUUUAAAUACGAAAUGUGUUUGGACAAAAACAACUUGUACCAACGUGAAAUUUGUGGAAUGAGCUCUUUCCGUCGGUAUAGGCCACGCCCAUUUCUGCCUUGAUAAUUUUUGGAAAAUGCCACAAUAUGCAAACUGGCCCAACAUGAACUUGUCUCUGGAUUUUCCCACAGAAAUGCCAGAUUAGUGUCAAAAUGUUCUUGGCUUCAUGGCUCAGAAACACUGGACCAGAAACUUACAAAAUGUUUUCCU